AUGACCACCAAUGGAAACAGUGGCACUUAUGCACCUCUGAAGCAGCUAGUGUCCGAUUCAGAUUCUGAAGAUGAACAAAAGGUGCAGAAUGUUCUUCGCAUUAAGGCCUCAGAGAACAGUAACCUGGACUACAAUAGCGGCUUACAAUCGUCCAAGAACUACAGUUUGAGCGAUAUGGACGAUUAUAAUACCAAUCUUAACACAAUGGAGAGUACAAUGGAUAAUGUAAGUUUCUUGCAGUCUGAUGUUUCCAACAAGAUGUCUUUCCCGCGCCGGUGCGCCUUCGUAGCGUCUAUUUUCCUUUGUCUCUUCACUGUAGUGAUAUUCCUUUGGGGUAUACCCUGUUCAGAUGUUGGAAGUUGUACAAAUGAAUGGCACGACAAAAGCACUAGCUGGGAACUACCUUAUGAUGAAAUUGAGCUCUCUGGAGCUGUUCAGGUAGUAGACGGUGCUAUUCCUAAUACAAAGAAUCUUAUUUUCAUAUACAGAGGCAACCACAUGAAAAAUAAUAAAAACAAUAAUGAUAAUGUGAAUGGGGUACUUCUCAUUGUGGGUAACACUGGUAAGGUCGGAUGGUAUACCCGUGAAAGUAGAAUACCAAUGGAGAUUAAUUGCAAUCUUCUCGAUGUCAAUAAAGAUGCCCAGAAAGAUUGUAUAAUCUCCGGCACAGAGGGACUAUUAGCUGCUCUAAAUCCUCUAUCUGGUACUUAUUAUUGGUAUAUUCACAAGCAAGGUAAAAUCUUCAGCAAUAUUGCAUCUAUAGAUUUUCCUAUUAUCAUUAACGAUAUGGAUAAGGAUAAUGUCAGUGAUCUCGCAACAAUUACAACAGUUUAUCCCAGCACUAACCACAACUCCCUUCUAAUUAUCUCUGGGGCAACUGGCAACAUUAUCGGUGAUCCCAUGACAAUAGAUAACUGCUUGUCAGUCAAACUCCUCCCUGAAGUUGGCAACAUUACAUAUAUUUGUAAAAAUGGAUCCUCCGAAGCCGUCAGACAGAUAGUAUACCCAGACUUGUAUAGAAAACUAUUGAAGUUGGAUCGUUUUUCAAAUGACACUUCACCAGCUUUUGUCGCAUCUAAGAGAGCCAAUCUAAGUCUAAAAAAGAAUAUAGGAAACACCAAACAAGUAUUUUCAAACGGUCCUGGAAAAUUGCAAGUAGAAAAUUAUGGUGAAUGUCCAAGUUCCUGUAAGUGGAACAGUGCACACCUAGCUAAGGGUGCACUGAAAAUCGAUGAGAUAAGGUAUAAUGUGCAGAAUACUAGCCCGAAGAACACCUAUGACAUAUUCUACCACCGGCCAACAGUCAACGUUGAAUCAAUAUCCUCAUUUAUAAAAUACGAUAACUUUGUCGCCCACGAUAUAUCGGAAAGAAUCGUUUUGGUCGCUUUCGACAACCUUCAAACGUACAUCCAUGCGAACGUCAGUCAAACGGACAUAUUGCAAAUAUGUGUUCGUGGCCAAAUCAAUGCCAACGCACCGUUACCCACGUGCCAACCAGAUCUGGAAUACCAAGAACGAUCUCUGACUAUAGCCGACUUGGAUGGUGACCAAUCUCAUGAGCUCAUCUCGUAUUACAGCACAUUUGUACCACCGGAGACCUACAGCAACAAAAAACCAGACCCAUAUGAUAACUGGCAUUUGACCUCCACAGUGAGAGUAAUUAGACUCGAAACAGAGUUACCAAAACUCUUUGUGGCCGAAAGCUAA